AAAAUUAAAAAAAUUACCAUUGAAAUCAGUUUUAACUUGAGUUUUAAGUAUCCAGAGCAAUCAAUUGAAUAUGUCGCAAAAUAAUAAAGUAAUUUUAGUAACUGGCGGCGCAGGUUUAGUGGGAAAAGCCAUUCAAACCAUUGUAGAACAAGAAGGUCGAGAAGACGAGAAGUGGAUAUUUGUUUGCAGCAAGGAUGCCGAUUUAUGUGAUUUCAAUGCCACCAAACAAUUAUUCCAAAAACACAAACCUACCCACGUUAUUCACUUAGCCGCCAUGGUAGGAGGCUUAUUCCACAAUAUGUCCCACAAUUUAGACUUUUUGAGAAAAAAUCUACACAUGAACGAUAAUGUCCUACAAAUAAGCUAUGAAACAGGCGUCAAAAAAGUGGUUUCUUGCCUAUCAACUUGUAUAUUUCCAGACAAAACUGCUUAUCCUAUUGAUGAAACUAUGAUCCACAACGGACCUCCCCAUCCUUCAAACUUCGGCUACAGCUACGCCAAAAGAAUGAUUGACAUCAUGAACCAAGCUUAUCACGAGCAACAUGGUUGCACCUUCACUUCUGUGAUUCCAUGCAAUGUGUUUGGGCCUCAUGAUAAUUAUAAUCCAGAAUCUAGUCAUGUGAUUCCUGGAUUAAUUAAAAAAUUGUUUGACAUUAUUAAUCUGGGAGGUGAUACAUUUACUGUAAUGGGUACAGGAAAACCAUUGAGGCAAUUUAUAUACUCAUUAGAUUUGGCUAAAUUAUUUAUUUGGGUACUAAGAGAGUAUAAUGAAAUUGAUCCUAUAGUUUUAUCAGUUGACGAAGAGUCUGAAGUUUCAAUAAAGCAAGUAGCAGAAGACUUGGCAAAAGCAUACAAUUUCCAAGGCAAAAUAGUUUUUGAUACUACCAAAGCUGAUGGUCAGUUUAAAAAAACUGCUAGUAACCAGAAGCUUAGGAAAUAUUUGCCUGAUUUUCAAUUUACUCCAUUUUCGCAAGCCAUUCAGGAAAGCGUCGACUGGUACAAGGCCAAUCACACUAGUGCGAGAAAUUAAAAUUAAUACUAUUACUACUUAUAAAAAUGCCUAAAGAUGCUGUGAGUGAAUUGGAUUUUUCAAUUAUAAAUAUAGUUAAGUUUUAUACAAAUGGGUUUGUUCCAAUUUUGAUGAAAACUGAAAGACUCAAAAUAGUCUGAGUUCGCUUCUACUCAUAAGGAAAUGUCAGGUAAUUUGAUAGAUUAAUAAUUCUUCAAACAAUCAUAAAGAAAUGAAAUCACGGGUUUCUGUUUUUGAUUAUUAAAAUGUACCAGGAGAAAUCGGUAGACAUUUGAAUUGGUGACUAGGAUGAGACAGAAUGAGCGUCUCUGAUUUGUCCAGCAGGAGUCAGGACACUCCUGUUAAACUCUGUUUCAACACGUACAUACUUGCUUUUUUCUCUCUGAUACUGAAAACUAUUAAAACAAGCAUUUUCUUGAAAUAUCAUCUCUCUCAAAAUGCGUUCUUGCCAACAUCAAAUUGGGCAAAACAGCAUAAUUGAAUUAUUGGUCAGCAAACUAGUACUAUAUUUGUUAAACUUUAGCCAGUCUUGAACGGUUUUCACAUAAAGGUUUGAACAAACCCAAUAUUUAAAAGUAUUACAUACUCAAUCAUAAUUUUGUUAUUGUUAAAAUAAUAAAUCGUUUCAAUAAAAAAUUAAGGUUGAA